AUGAAGUACUUCAAGUACGCUAAGAGCUUUAACGUCUUUCUUUCGGCCAGGACGCACGGCAAUCGACCGUCCAGUCUAACAGUGAAUAGUAUUGGAAACCCUCUCGACAAGGAAAGCCUCCGUCAAGUCCUUCAAAAGGCCACAGACCGCCCAGCUCUCCAAGGGUUGAAAGUGUGGUGUAGUCAACCCGUUGUCUGGAGAAACGAUUGGAACUUUCAGAACCUUCGUUAUCUGGCGAUUAAAGGCCUUGGGUGUGAGCGAGGAACUUUGAAUCUUCCAAGCUUUCCAGCUCUUUUAGACCUUAGAACGGCCUUUGGCAGAGAAACCGCAUUGCCAAGCCAUAAAGAAUUCCAUGUCUUCGUGGAUUUGUCUCGUCUGCCCAGUCUCUCAGCCCUCGAAAUUGAAGGGGUCAUUGAUGAAGGCCUUCGCGACCGUCUAAUUUUUCGUGGUGUCACUAAAUCGUUACGCACAAAAUUCAUGGUCGACUGGAUAUUGUGGGAUACUUGGAAAUGUAUGAAUGAGAGCCUUGAAGAAAUACGACUUCGAACUUCAACGGAAAGUAACCGUCCGGCCACAGAGCUGAAUUUCCCACGUUUAAAGACCCUCGAACUGGAAAACUCCCUGGGCUGUCUUGCUCUUUUCGAUAUCGGAUUGCCGGUCUUGUCCCAGAUCAACCUUAAUCUGGGCCCUGGGACUUUCGUUACGAUCUCCCACGCCAUUUAUCGUCGCCGAUUUCAGUAUUACGGAAGCUUCCGAUCACCCUCAACCUUAUGCAUGAUGAUAUCUUUUUCGAUACCGAUUGGCCAAUAA